GAUGGGAGAGCCUGGCGAGCUGAAACCCGAGCUCCCGUUCAGCUGGGGCUUGGGGAGGUCCCUGUAAGAGCCGCCUGCCCCCGGCCUCCCGCGGUCCCUCCGCAGCAGUCGCUCAGCUCAUCGGGCACGGGCGUGGGAACGAUGGAGCUGGGCUCCUGGACGCAGUUGGGGCUCACUUUCCUGCAGCUCCUUCUCAUCUCAUCUUUGCCUAGAGAGUACACAGUCAUUAAUGAAGCCUGCCCUGGAGCCGAGUGGAAUAUCAUGUGUCGGGAGUGCUGUGAAUACGAUCAGAUUGAGUGCGUCUGCCCCGGAAAGAAGGAAGUAGUGGGUUACACCAUCCCUUGCUGCAGGAACGAGGAGAAUGAGUGUGAUUCCUGCCUCAUUCACCCAGGUUGUACCAUCUUUGAAAACUGCAAGACCUGCCGAAAUGGCUCGUGGGGGGGCACGCUGGAUGACUUCUACGUGAAGGGGGUCUACUGCGCAGAGUGCCGCGCGGGCUGGUACGGAGGAGACUGCAUGC